AUGAGUACUUUCAAAAAGGGUGAUCUUGUAUUGUUAUCUACUGAAGGCCUACGAGAUUCAGCAGUAACCAAUCUCAGCGCGAGCAAACUCGCAACACGUUUCAAAGGCCCAUUCGCGAUACUCAAGGUGAUCGGCGACGCAUACGCUCUGGACAUCCCUUCGUCACUGCGACUUCACCCGACGUUUUACGUCGGGCGGCUCAAGGAGUAUCGUCCAGCUACUCUUCAUGGACUGGCUCCGUCCUCAGAGACAAAGGCUCAUAGGUCGGCCUUCCCUCUUGCCUUGCUCGACGCGCCAGCGACAUCUGAAGCGGCUGCGUCCCAUUCUGCGCGCGCCCUAGAGCCUGGCCCCGUGCAGCUCGAUCAAGGGCUGCUUCAGCUUCCAGCUGGGCAUAGACAGCCUUGUUCACCGCCGCAUCUACAUCGUCCUGGGCAACCAGGACGCCGGUAUUACCAUCGCGAGGGCCCACCACCGCUUGUGGACGCGGAAGGUCAGAAGCGCUGGAUCGUGAAACGUUUAUUAGGUCACGAGGACCCUCGUCGCGAAACGAAACUGUCGCGACUCCAUGCUCGCGCAAUUAUCGUGUACGUUGGCUCGGGAUUCUACCCGAGAAGGAUGCAUGGGAACCGCGCUCUUCGCUUCUUCGAGACUUUCCAGAUGUCGUUCGUGCAUACGCUUGGUUCAAAUUUGUUUGACGACCUGAGUAUUCGCGCGGUGAGCGAGAACGAGACGAACGACGACUGCGUCGUGGUGAAGCGUCACCACGACUACGAGACCAAGAGAGAAUGCGAGAACGUCGUGGUGAAACGUCACCACGACGACGAGAUGAAGAGCGACGACGAAAACAUCGUGGUGAACUGUAUCACCACAAUAGCGCGAACGAGAACGUCGUGGCGGGCGUGCGGCACCACGUUCUCGAGAACGCGAGUGGUGUCGCCAGCUCGACGCACCACGAUUAGCCGAGAUUUUACGCUCUAUCAAGCUGCACGCAUACCGUCGGAUCCAGAGAUGUUCAUACUCGCUGAGUGGAUACUCAGCGAUGUGUCGUUGCCAAGUCUCGCGGGUUGGACGAGGCAUCGAGUCUCAGGAGUAACAAGAAUCGUGCACGUGAACGUAGCAGAGUCGGUCUACGUUCCACGCGUUCUCGCAUAA